AUGACCCCGGAGCACUUUCUUGUGCUGCGACGCAAGGACGAGUUCCGAGAACGUGGCACACGUCACGUGUACGAAGGAGCCAGCUUCCGUGGCUCCUGCUGGGCACAGCAGGGGCAUGUGGGCACCGAAGUCAGGAGUGGCGAUGGCCCCCUGAGCUGUCCCGUCUUCACCCAGGAGCCACAGGAUGUCAUUUUCCCUUUGGAUUUUUCGCAGUCUGAACUCAGGCUGAACUGUGCUGCGAACGGCCACCCUCCGCCCCGUUACAGGUGGAAACAGAAUGGCACAGAUAUCGAUUUUGCCACGAGUUAUCACUACAGGUUGGAUGGAGGGGAUUUGGCCAUCAGCAGCCCUCACACGGAUCAAGAUAUUGGCACGUACCAAUGCCUGGCCACCAAUCCUCUGGGGACGAUUGUGAGUCGGAAGGCAAAGCUCCAAUUUGCAUAUAUCGAAGACUUCGAAACCAAAACCCGAAGCACAGUGUCCGUCCGAGAAGGCCAAGGCGUGGUGCUUCUGUGCGGCCCCCCGCCACACUUCGGAGGUUUAUCUUACGCGUGGACCUUCAACGAUAACCCUUUGCACGUCCAAGAGGACAGCAGGCGGUUUGUGUCUCAAGAGACGGGGAACUUGUACAUCGCCAAGGUGGAGCCGUCAGACGUGGGCAACUACACCUGCUUCGUCACGAACCGGGAAGCCCAGAGGAGCGUCCGGGGGCCGCCCACGCCCUUGCUGCAGCGUCCCGACGGUGUGAUGGGGGAGUAUGAGCCAAAGAUUGAAGUGCGUUUUCCUGACACUAUACAAGCCGCAAAGGAUUCAUCUGUAAAACUGGAAUGCUUUGCCCUUGGAAACCCAGUCCCCGAAAUUAGUUGGAGGAGGUUGGAUGGAAGCCCGUUGCCAGGGAAAGUCAAGUACAGCAAAUCCCAGGCUGCCCUUGAAAUCCCGAACUUUCAACAGGAAGACGAAGGCUUCUACGAAUGCGUUGCAGGCAACCUUCGCGGGAGAGACCUCUCAAAGGGUCAGCUCAUCUUCUACGCUCCUCCAGAAUGGGAACGACAAAUUCAGAAUACGUACCUGUCUAUCUAUGACAGCUUGUUCUGGGAAUGCAAAGCUAGCGGAAAGCCCAGCCCCAGGUACACCUGGUUCAAGAACGGUGAACUCCUCCGGCCAGGGGAGAGAAUUCACGUGGAAAAUGGGACCCUCAUCAUCGCUACGCUGAACGCGUCAGAUUCCGGUGUGUACCAGUGUGCUGCCGAAAACGAGUUCCAGAUGAUAUACGCAAAUGCGGAGUUGAGAGUCUUAGCCUCAGCUCCCGAUUUCUCCAAAAAUCCCAUUAAAAAGACCUCCGUGGUUCACGUCGGCGGGGACGUCACCAUCGACUGCAAGCCGACCGCGUUCCCCAGGGCGGCCAUCUCCUGGAAAAGAGGCACCAGCAGCCUGCGGCCAAGCAGAAGAGUGUACGUCUCGGAGGACGGCAGCCUCGCCAUGCAUAACGUGACCAGGUCCGAUGCCGGGCCCUACACGUGCACCGCGACGAAUCAGUUUGGCGUCGCCAAGGACACCGGCGGCCUGGUCGUAAAAGAGCGGACCGUGAUUACUGUCCCGCCCGCCCCGAUGGACGUCACCGUGGGCGAGAGCAUAGUGCUCCCUUGCCAGGUGUCCCACGACCCCUCUGUGGAAGUUGCGUUUGUGUGGUCUUUCGAUGGACACGUCAUCGACUUGAAAAAGGAAGUGGCUCAUUUCGAAAGGCUUGGAGGAGAAUCUAUUGGAGAUUUGAUGAUAAGGAAUAUUCAGCUGAAUCAUUCAGGAAAAUAUCUUUGUGCGGUAAAAACAACUCUAGAAAGUCUGUCGGCUGCGGCUGAUGUCAUUGUUAGAGGCCCCCCGGGUCCUCCCGAGGACGUCAGCGUGGAGCACGUUUCCAGCACCACUUCUCAACUAAGCUGGAGGCCAGGCGCAGACAACAACAGUCCCAUUCAACUGUUUACUGUGCAGGCUCGGACGCCGUUUUCCGUGGGCUGGCAGGCCGUGUCUACGGUUCCAGAAAUCCUCAGUGGUAAGACACGCAACGCGACCGUGGUUGGUUUGAGUCCCUGGGUUGAGUACGAAUUCCGCGUUGUCGCUGGGAACAGCAUUGGGAUCGGAGAACCAAGUGAAUCCUCAGAACCGUUAAGAACCAAAGCGUCGGUCCCCGUCGUGGCACCAACAAACGUCGACGGAGGUGGAGGCGGUCGCUCCGAACUCGUCAUCACGUGGGAGUCCAUCCCGGAGGAGCUGCAGAGCGGAGGGGAGUUCGGCUACCUGGUGCUGCUGCGGCCGGCGGGCUCGGCGGCCUGGACGGAGCAGAGGGUCCCGGCGGUGGAGUCCUGCAGGUUCGUCUACAGAAACGAGAGCAUCGCGCCGCUGUCCCCCUUCGAGGUCCAGGUGGGCGUGUACAACGCGGAAGGGGACGGGGCUCUGAGCGCCGUGGCCAUCGUCUACUCCGGCGAGGACGAGCCUCAGCUGGCCCCGCGGGGAACCUCCGUCCAGAGCUUUUCCGCUUCGGAGGUGGAGGUGUCGUGGAACGCCAUCGCCUGGAACAGGAGCACGGGCCGCGUGCUGGGCUAUGAGGUCCUAUACUGGACAGAUGGCGCCAGGGACCCCAUGGUCGGUAAGAUCCGCGUCAGUGGGAAUGUCACGAGCAAGACCAUCACGGGGCUGAAGGCGAACACCGUCUACUUCGCCGCCGUCAGAGCCUACAACACCGGUGGGGCCGGGCCCGCGAGCCCCCCAGUUAACAUCACCACCAAGAAGUCGCCUCCAAGCCAACCGCCAGCCAACAUUGCCUGGAAGCUGACCAACUCUAAAUUGUGCCUGAACUGGGAGCAUGUGAAAACCAUGGAAAAUGAGUCGGAGGUUCUGGGAUACAAGAUUCUGUACCGGCAGAACAGACAGAGUAAAACCCACGUUUUGGAGACGAACCACACGUCCGCCGAGCUCCUGGUCCCGCUGGAGGAGGACUACCUGGUCGAAAUCAGGACGGUCAGCGAUGGCGGAGACGGGAGCAGCAGCGAAGAAAUCAGGAUCCCCAAGGUGUCCAGUCUGAGUUCCAGCGGAGGCCUGGUCUUAGCACAGAGCAUCCAUUUCCUGUCGGUCGUCAUCAUGAUUUUUUACUGUUUUGUUACUCAGCUGCUUAUCCGAUGA